UUCCUUGGCGCUCUCGGAGAGGCCAAGAUGCGUCUUGGCAGUGCAAUUUUCUUGUUAAUCUUACUAGAAAUUUUUUCGACCUCGUCAGGAAAAUAUCAGCAAAAGUGCGGCGUGGCCCCUUUGGACAAAACCAGCAGCAAGACGAAUUAUUCGAAUUACGCCAAGCGCAUCGUCGGCGGCACGGCAGCCACAAAACAUUCCCACCCUUGGGUAGUUCGUCUGCAGAUUUGGGAUAAAGGCUUGGAAAACGGCAAACCCGUUUAUUUCACAAGCACGUGCGGUGGUACUUUGAUCUCGAGCUGCUUCAUUCUCACCGCCGCUCACUGCAUUGGCGAAACGUCUUCCUGGUACAAAUAUUACAAAGUGAUUUUGGGCGACCAUGACCAGUACGCAGUUUACGAAGCCAACCACGUGACACGAGGGGUGAAAAAAAUUUACAUCCAUCCGAAAUACAACCAAAGCAACCACGACAACGACAUUGCCCUGAUAAAACUCUCACAGUCCGUCGGCUUCGAGGACCACAUCCAACCGGCAUGUCUUCCAUCGGCUGGAGAAUACAAGGAUCCGCCGGCCUUAAAAGCGUGGGUCGUUGGAUGGGGACACACCAAAGAGGGAGGCAAAGGCGCGGACAUCCUGAUGGAAGCUAAGCUGCCCCUGUUAUCGCACCGCUCUUGCACCCUCAUGACCAAACACCGGAAAAGAAAGAGUUUCAUCUCAAAUAACAUGCUGUGUGCAGGAGGGCAAAAUGUAGACGCUUGCCAGGGAGACAGUGGCGGUCCACUUCUGAUCAGGAACAGCGCAACGCGUCAAUUUGAAGUGCACGGCGUUGUGUCGUGGGGAGUUGGAUGUGCCAGGCGAGGUUAUCCAGGACUCUACGCCAAGGUGCACAACUACCUUGGCUGGAUCAAAGGAGUGAUGCACGGGAAAUAUUCCAAAUAAUCUAUGGCUUUUACUUUUGGAAGAAUAAUGAUUUUUUUUAUCAGAUUCUAAAUUUGCGCUUUUAAAAUUUCGAGUCCAAUGCUUAAAGUACACAAUUAAGUUAAGUAUUUAAAUUAAUUAUUAAUAAUAUUGUUUAACUUGAAUUAAAUUUUUAAUUCACAUACAUAUUUUAUAGAAAAUUGUUAAUGCAUAUUUAAUUUCAAUUUUAUAAUAAAUGAUUAGAUUUUAUAAAAUUAUGCUUAUGUGUACACUUUAAGUGCACAAUAUAAAAAAAAAAGGGACAUUUUUCAAUAUUCAAUGUUUUAAUUACUUUUAAAAAUAGAUUGAAAAGCAUUUUAACAUUAAACGCAGUGUGAAUUGAAACUUUUAAUUAGCAAAAUUGAAUUAUUUACAAAUAAUUGGGUCCUUACAUACAGAAAUAAAAAUGAAAUGGCGUU